AUGGACUCCAAAGCGGCUCCAACAUCUGGUUUAGUCAGCAAGCCUUUGUCUCAACAUGAUGGAGAUUCCAUUGCCAAUCCUAGUAAAUAUAGACGUGUGGUUGAAUCUCUUCAGUAUGUGACUAUGACGAGACUCGAUAUUGCCUUUGUUGUCCAUAAGGCAUGUCAGUUUAUGCAACAACCAACCUCUGCACAUUGGCUAGCUGUGAAGCGUAUUCUGAGGUACCUUCGAGGCACUCCAACCCAUGGUAUUUUGAUUACAAUCACUCCCUCUCUUCAUAUUUCUACUUUUAAUGAUGCAGAUUGGGCAUCUAGCCCAGAUGAUAGGCGGAGUACUGGUGGAUUCUGUGUGUUUUUGGGUGAUUGUCUCUUGUGUCUUGGUCUUCCACCAAGCAACGUUUUGUUUCCCGUAGCAGCACCGAGUCCGAAUAUCAUACUCUACCAAUUGUGGCAGCUAAAUUGGCUUGGUACAAGCAUCUAUUCCAUGAACUCAAGCUCCCACUUGAUUCGGUUCCAAUAG